GUGGACGCCAUGAGUGGUGGGAAGUUAAGUUGUGGUGUUGGUGGUGGUGGUGGUGAAAAAUUGGAUAUUCGUUAGUAUUUUUUUUUGGUGUUUUGUUUUCAUGACUUGUACAAGGUAGACAGUGGAACUGUAUUGAUUUUCAACAUAUGUUGAUUAUGCCGAAACGGAGAACCUGUUACAUUCAAAGUAUGCACUAGAAAAAUAUUUUUUGCUUUGUUGGUCGAGUGACACAAAAGACAAAAGGAAUUUCACCCAAAGUCUCCGAUAUUAGACACCCAAGAGAGAGCUCUAUAUAAAUAAUAUGGAGGGCAUUGGGAGAGGUGGUCGUGGGGCCAAGCUGCUGGAGGCCCUAAGGGCACAGCAGCGCAGACCUGGCAGUGAGGAACCCGAGAGUUCCCAACCAGUUCCAGAUGUUAAGUCUGGAUUUUCCCGUGGACGUGGAGUGUUGCUUCCUGAACAGCAUGUUGCAUCUUCACAAGAAACUGCCGAAGCCUCAUCCCGUGAAGCACCAUUAGUGGGAGGUGGUCGUGGACAAAAACUAAUGGCACUUAUAAAAACAUCACAGCACAGAGUACAAAGUACAACACCAGGACCAGUGUCAACACCUGUUGUUUCUACUACUACUACUACUGCUGCUCCAGCAGCAGCAGCAGCAGCAGCAGCAGCUCCCACUCCUGCAGUAAGGCCAGUGGGCAGGGGUCGUGCGGCACUGUAUGAAGCACUUCGUAGUAUGCCUGGAACCUCAAGAGGCAUACCUGCUCCUGUACCUACACAGAAGCCUCCAGAGACAGCCAUACCAGUGGAAUCUCUGGCCCAAAAGAUGGAGCAGGUGGAAAUAGAGCGGAAACCCCCAGUAGUUUGUAUGGGACAACAGGGAGAACGUAUACCAGCAACAGCGAAUUACAUAAGGUUAGCAGUGCAACCAGACAAAGGAGUAUUUGAAUAUGAAGUACGUUUCUCUCCUACUGUUGAUUCCAAAAGUAUAAGAAGCAAGAUACUGAACAGUCUUGCAGAUAGCAUUGGGCGCUGCAAGACCUUCGAUGGUGUAACACUUUAUUUACCCAUAAAAUUGACAGAAGAGGUUACAACAUUGACAUCUAAUCAUCCAGUCGACAACUCGUCAGUAACAGUCAGAAUAAUAUUUAAGAGAAAAAAAAAGAUUCAUGAAUGUAUCCAUUUAUACAAUGUCCUCUUUAAGAGGAUUAUGGGUAUAUUGGAAUUAGCGAGGGUUGGAAGAGAUACAUAUGACCCACAUGCUGCCCGUGUAAUACCCCAGCACAAACUGGAGGUUUGGCCAGGCUACGUGACGGCCAUAGAUGAAUAUGAGGGAGGUAUACAGUUGUGCUGCGAUACAUCGCACCGAGUACUGAGAACACAGACUGUUUUGGAUGUAAUUGCAGAUAUAUCAACUCGGAAUCCAACUGCUUUUAAGGAGCAUAUUAUGAAAACAGUAAUAGGUGCUUCAGUCCUGACUCGAUACAACAACAAAAUUUAUCGAGUUGAUGACAUAGCAUGGAACAGAAGCCCACGUGACACAUUUGACACAACCAGUGGUGAUACGAUUACUUAUUGUUAUUACUACAAGAAGCAGUAUGGCCUUGACAUCAGUGACUUACAGCAGCCAUUGCUUGUCAGCAAAGUAAAGAAAAGGUUGCAGAACCAAGAGAAAACUGAACAGCUUAUAUGUCUCAUACCUGAGUUGUGCUUCAUGACUGGACUUACUGAUGAAAUGAGAAAUGAUUUUAGAGUGAUGAAAGAUAUUGCAACAUACACACGUGUAACCCCAAAUCAAAGACAGGCAUCACUGAAAACUUUCAUCAACAGAGUAAUGUCAAAUGAUCGAGCAAAGUCUUUGUUGGAAGACUGGGGUCUUAAUUUGGAGCCAUCAACAGUAGAACUCACAGCAAGAGUCGUCAAGAAUGAAGAAAUAAUUUUUGGUGGUAACAGGACGGUUCCUGGCACCCCACAGGCUGAAUGGAGCGGUGCAUUGUCUCGAAAUAUGGUCAUAUCAGCAAUUGACUUGAUGAGUUGGGUUCUUUUGAGAACAACUCGAGAUUCUCGAUUUGGAAAUGAUUUUAUGGAGACGAUGCAGAAAGUGGGUCCACAGAUGGGCAUUCAGGUAGCACAGCCUUCUGUGGUGGAACUUCGUGAUGAUAGAACGGAAUCAUAUGUCCGUGCUCUUCGUGAGAGCAUAAGACCUAAUGUACAGAUAGUUGUUGUUAUUUGUCCAACAGCAAGAGAUGAUCGGUACUCUGCAAUAAAAAGGAUAUGUUGCAGUGAAAUGCCUGUAGCUUCACAGGUAAUAAAUUCCAGAACAUUAUCAAAGAGAGAUAAGUUGAGGAAUAUAGUGCAGAAGAUAGCACUUCAAAUCAAUUGUAAAUUAGGCGGCACACUGUGGGCUGUCAAAGUGCCCUUGGAUAAUUUAAUGGUGAUAGGAAUUGAUUCCUACCAUGACACACUCAGGAAAGGAAGCAGUGUUGCUGCAUUUGUAUCAUCUUUGAACAAGUCUGUUACUAGAUGGUACAGCCAAGUUUGUAUUCAAGGUCCUGCCCAAGAAUGGGUAGAUAGUUUGCGAGCUUGCUUCAUAUCAUCUUUGAAGAAAUAUCAUGAGGUGAAUCACAGGUUUCCUGAUAGGAUAAUAAUCUAUCGGGAUGGCAUAGGUGAUGGGCAGUUAUCUGUGUGUCGAGAUUAUGAAGUGCCACAAUUCAUAAGUUGUUUUCCAAAUAUCAAUCCAUCUUACAGCCCAAAAUUGACGUUUGUUGUCUGUCAGAAGAGGAUAAAUACUAGAAUUUUUGCACAGACAAAUGGUUCAUUGGACAAUCCACCUCCUGGAACAGUGAUGGACAACACUAUCACGCGACGUGACUGGUCUGACUUCUUCCUAGUUUCUCAAAAUGUGAGACAGGGAACAGUUUCACCAACACAUUACGUUGUCAUCUAUGACACAAGCAGCAUGCAGGCUGACCACGUCCAGCGUAUGACCUACAAGAUGUGCCACCUAUAUUAUAACUGGCCUGGCACUGUACGAGUACCAGCCCCUUGUCAAUAUGCACACAAGCUUGCCCAUCUUGUAGGACAGAAUAUCAGAAAGGAGCCGUCUGACAAAUUGUCAGACAGGCUGUUCUUUCUGUAGAAUGUGGCAAUCUGUUCUGGAACCACUUUAAAUAAAGUGCUCUCAGGAAAAGCAAACAACACAGCACAGUGUGGUGUUACUGUUGUGAAUAAUGUGGAAGUAUUUUUUUCUGUAGAGAUAGUAUGAUCCAGUGAAAAACUGAAUAUGUUGUGUGUUAAUUUUAGAAAAUAGAUUUGUAGGGAAGUUACAGUCAUACAGCUACUGUGUCCAUCAGAAAAUUGUGUAAUAUUGUGUAAAGACAUACUUUAUUCUAUCGGACCGUGUAUUUGAAAAUAUUAAUGCACGUGAGUAUGGGCAAUUCCAUACUGGUAACGUUUAAGUUUUGCUUCUUUUGCAUUGAUCAGUAUUGCUGAUUUUCAGUAUAUUCUCAACAAAAUUGUUUCAGCUAUCCCACAACAUACUCCAUUCAGGUUAAGCAAAAUGCUCUGCUCCCCGUACCCUUUCAUUUUUUUUUUUUUUAUUAUACCUCUGUGAAUUGUGUUGAUUCUUUGUCAUAACACUUAUGUAACAAUUUGUAUAAGUAGCAGCCUUGAUUUAAGGCUCUCUGUCAUUAUAUUAUAGAAUUGCUGCUGUAUGAUUGACGAUUCUGCAACAGCACUUGCAGAAAAUAAUGUGACAGAAAUACCCAAUGUAUGACGUACUGAACAUGACUUGCAAGGUGCAGAUUGCUUAAACUAUGUUUUAGUUUUUGUACAGCUGGAACACUUGUUCUGGUUCUUUGCAGUAUUUGUGAAAACGAGGUCAUGUUUAACAUUCCACUGUGUAAUUAUUACAUUUUAUUGCUUCAGUGAAGGUAACUUGUGUGACUCCAAGCUACAUAACUCGGUUGUUGAUUUGAAACUUGUCAUAUUGCUGUUCUGGGCAAGAAUAGAAAUUUGAAAUUGUUGCAGUCAUGAUUUUAUGUGUUUUCAUUAUUUUAGCCCAUGUGCUUUAAAUAUUUAGGUUGUUAAAACUUUUAGUACAUAUUUAACAUAACUUGUACAGUUCUUUGCCUUUAUUUUAUCUGUAAUGGACAUUGAGAAUCAGUCAUUAUUAUUUAAUGCUAAUAGUGCUGAGUUAAGACAAUUGUCAGCACCAUGAAAUAUAGUUCCUAUAGUAUUAUUUCACUUAUUAAUGUAUCAUCUCCAUUUUCCUAGGAACAGUUCCUGGAACCCACCUCAAUUACAAUUUAUUGUACAUAGUAAUGAAAAUUAAAAAAAACUUGUUAAAUAUAUACCCAUUUAAUAGUGGUGAAUGGAGACACAUUCCAUUUCUUGCUUAAGAGUGCAAUUUUAUUUGACAGGGUAAUUUCUACUUAAUAUCAUAAAUUUGGAAGUUAACAGAGAACAGCUGCGUUGUCCACAAAUCAUAGCUUCCAUUCCAUUAUGGUAUGUGUGCAAAGAACUGUAAAUAUAAAUCGUAAUGACUGCUCAAGUUGUGUGCCUUUCGGAUAAUGGGAAUCUUAUUUUUAAACAAAGAAUAAUUUUGUCUUAAAAUCUUUAAACUACAUUGAAAUACAGUCACUUUAUCAUAUUAAAAAUUACACCUGUUGUUGAUUGACAUAUUCUUUAUUGAUUGUCAAGCACAGAGAGCAGUUCACUUUGACAAAUUUACUAUCAGAUUUUUGAUCACUUGUCAUAAUCUGAUCAUACCAAAGUCAUAAUCCUAAAGCUCAGGACUUAACCGGGAACUAUUGUAUUACUACCCAAAUUCCAUAUUACAUCCAUAGCCGUGGAGCAAGCCGAUCCAGGCAUUUGACCGAUGGCUGCGAGAAUGAUGUCUGAUACUUCAAAUCCUCUUUGCCGCUCUCCCUUGCAAUAAAAGUUGAAGAAUCUAAUUAAAACUUGUUUCUGAACAGAGCAGGUUCGAAGAGAGCUUGGGAAAUUCCGUUGUUUGGCUAUCUCCUUGCACUUAUCAUCGUUCCAUCCUUCCUUUUUGGCGAAUGUGGACCUGGAUAUCGUGGGGUUGGUUUCAUCUCUGAUAGUGGCGAAGGAUUCUAAGAGUUGAUUUAAUUCUUGCCUAGUUUCCUUCUCAUCUGAUGAGUGUGCCAUCGUGGUGUAGUGGUAAUCGUCGGUAUAGACUCACGUGUGUUAUCGGGUUACAAGGAUAGUGACUAUGUAUAUGUACUAUUAAUUCCGCUAUUAAUGUUAGCUUGUCUGUUAGAUGUUAAAUUGUCUGCUUUCAAAUUUCCAGCCCAUCACUACAGUCUUCCAGCUUGUUUUACUUUUCUUCUCUACUUAUGAGCUAACUUUUGUGAACAUUGAUGGUCUUUUCUCAACGUAUAUUGAUGCAGUUGUUUCUUUCAAUUUCAUCACCAGCAAACUUUUCAGUUGUUGAACUGCUAAUUUCUGUUGGAUUCAUGUCUUGCAUGUCCCUAAAGCCCCAAAGAUAAAUCAUUUCAGCCACCUGGAUUUUACUUCAUCCUUAGUUUUUCGUAACCAACAUUCACUGUUUUGUUUAGGUGUAUGACCAGCUUAUAAAUUUUCAGUUGCAUAUCUUUUCAUUGUAAUCAUUUCAUAGUUCUUCCAAACCUGCAGUGUUCAAAAUUUAUCUAGUUUAUUUUUAUUAUUCUAUAUGUAUUUGCUAUAGCAUUACAUUCAAGUUGUUUAAUCUCCAUUACUUACUCUGAUAACCUAAUCCACCCAUGUUUUAUUGUAAUACCUCUUCCAUAGAAUUGAGUUUUGAGUAACACAAGAAUGCUGACAGUACACACAAUAACAAUGAUCCUGCAGGCAAACAGUUCUAAAAUACACAUUAUACUGUUUUGGAUUUGUGUUAUAAUCUUGCUUGGAUGACAUUUUUCCAAAAGGCAGUUUUCAGUACAUUGUAUCGCAGUCCAGUCUUGGAAUUGCGCUUAUUCACAAAUGGUUGUGCAUUUGUGCAAAUUUCCUAGAUCAAAUCUGGAUGCAUUUUAAACUACUUAAUAAUAACAGUCAACCAAACAAAUAAAAUUGCAUUCUGCAGUUAAUGGUAUGUACAGCCAUUAUGAUUACUGUGCAGAGUAGGAAUGUACAAACUGGAGUCUUCAGGGCAUUCUAAAAUGACCAGAUCACAGCCCAAAACAGUCAUCUGUAUUUCCCUUACAAAUGUGCACAAAUAAAAGCGUGUACUAAUAAAAGUGAACCUUAUAAAUAAGUUACCAUGCGGUAAUGAAUUGUGUUAUUUUUCUGAUCUAAUGUACAUACAUUACACAAGAUCACUGUAAAUGAACAUGCUGUACAGUGGGCAUGAUUAUGUACGUACUUUAUUCUUGUAUUAAUAUUCCAUAGUCCUUGGUAUGACGUAAGCUAUCUUUACUAGCGUUUUCAUUAUUGAACAUUGUACAUCACGAUAUUCCUAUUUCUCAACACGGUGCCGUAUGCAGUCUGUAACAGUAGUUACCUCUCAUAACCUCAUCUGAAGAUCAGAUACCAAAGUUUUAAAAAUUGAAGUUGAUAUAAGAUGACUUCUGAUCGGGUAGUACUAGUGUUGAGUUGCAGAUGUUCUAUGCAUGGGUUUACAAGCACAAAGGGAAAGGAUGUUCCUUCCUGCCCUCCCCCCCUGUGUGUGUGUGUGUGUGUGUGUGUUUGCAAUUGUUCUGAUUUGUCCACUAUGUGUGAUCCUAGUGCACUUUGAGAGAUGAGUUAUUUACAUUUCUUCAAAUUGUAAUGAAGAGUGAUGAUGAUCUAAACUGCUAGAUUAUUUUUUGUGUUUGACUAAAGUUACAUAUUCAGGAGCAUCUAUCUAUUUGUAUUAAAUGUUUAAAAGAAGAAAAAUUAGGUUUCUUAUUAAUGAAUAGUGUGUUGUCUGGCUAAGAGAAUAAAUGUUAAAGGCAUUUCUCAUUUAUUUUCAAAGACUUUGAGUAUUUGUUAUGAGAAUAUUUUUAUAUUGCUAUUUGUUUUG